AAACCUCUCACCUGCUUCAUCACACCUGAGACCUGAAACAGUGACUACUACCGGAAUAACGGACAUAUAAAAAUGCAAAUAACUGUAAUGAGUUAUGAACUGAAUUAAAGCACGAAAUUCUGACCGACACACAUACUAUAUUGUGCAUAAAAAAUAUGUAGAUUGGGGUAGCUUUGAUCUCGCGAGCCACUUUAAUUACCAAAACAUGAAACCAGCAUACAUGAAUUAACAUCGUGAGCACACACGGGAGAUAAACAAAGAAACAGUCAUGCAUUUAGAUAUAUGGUUUAAGACCUCAGUCAUCACAGAUGCGUGUAGUUAUUUAGAGUGAAAAUAAAUCAAAUGUAUAAAUGAAUACAGUUUUGCAUUUUCUCGAAACUCCCAAAUCGUCAAAUUAAAUUCGCAAAAACAAAAUCGUUUCCCCUGUACUCAAAAUCAGAGGAAGCCUUCGAAUCAUGCACACAGGCCUAUUAGUGAGUAAUAGCCCAGACCUUUCAUUACACACUACACAUCAAAAAGAAGAAGAAAGAGCAGUGACACACACACACACAACAUUUACCAUAGCCUAUAAAUAAACAUUUUACAAUUAAACACACACAUACGACUGGAAAGUUCAAAAUAAGAGAGGAAGAUAUUUUUUACGUGUAUAUUACACUAUUGAUUUAUUUUGCAUUGCAUUGUUUACACUGUAUUUUGUUCAUUUCAAUAUAUUCUUGUGUAAAAUUGCAAUAUAUAAUAUGCAUGUGUGUGUGUGUGUGUGUGUGUGUGUGUGCCUUAGCCAGGCCUCGACAAGACAACACACUGUGUCGCAACUCCACGCACGAAUAUAAUAAAAGUAAUAAAAAGCUGCUGUUGCUCGUCCUCUCAGACUGACUGAACCAGCGCUGGAAGAUUCACACAUUCAGACACAUUACUGCUCAUAAACGACGACAGCUGUGUCGCGGACGCGCUUAACUUUCUCGUGUUCAGGGCUUUGAGUCGCAAAGGAGCGCGUGAGACCCGCAAAGCGCGUGCGCUGUAAGAACUAGGUCCAGAGAUGGGGUUCAGCGCCUGCACGGAAAAAGUUAAAGCACGCCAGACUUAAACGGAAUUCGGUUUCGUGUUCUAAGCCUUUAGAGGUAUUCGAGAGGUUUUUACAGGUUCUGUGCUCUCAGUGUUACAGCGCCACCUGCUGGCCGACGCAGAUCACGACCGGAAAGCAAAUUACGUGCAAUAUAUACUCUCUCCCUCCGAAGAUUCGUUUUCGGUGUUUUUGCCAUCGGAUGCAAACGCAUGCCGCAAAGUAGCCGUCGGUUCUCUUUAAGCAGGUCUACCGCGUCUCACAGAAGCCCGGUCCCUGGAGCCGAAUUAGUUACGAAAUCUCUGGAAACGAUUAACGGCCUUCAGGCUCGACCGAACCUGUUAAUACGAGCCGGACUUGACUGAUCACCGCCGGCCAGACGUUAGAAGAGGAAGAGAAGUUGAAGUGCGUUUAAUAAAAGGAACCCAGGUUCACUUCUGCUUCUGUCCGAGCUCCAGAACAACCACCAGAACGAAUCCCACACAAACUGAUCCAGAGUUCAAUGCCGUCGCGAAAUUGCAGACCAUUACGGGUCUGUCCUGAUUUUACAUUUCUCUCAUUUUUGAUCAGAAGACACCGAGACAUGCCGAUAGCUAAAAGCCUUUUUACAGCCUCUUUUCUUGGCCGUUCGAUUCAAUGUUUUGCGUAAAACUUCAUGCAAACAUGCGAUUUAAGCUUAAAGUUCAGCAAGGCUAAACCUCUUGCGUUUGGUUUCUCGGAAAAACGUGAGAAAUGUCAUUGAAAUGCGCCUUCAUUGCAUCUAUUCGUUUGUUGCACAGCGUCGAAAACAGGGCCGCGAUCCGGGCCCCGCUUCUCACGGUCGUCGCGCCCAGAUCCGUCAUCCGUCUGUAAACACCGGUUCUGAGAAGAGGUUUUUACAGGAGCGGAUUUACAGACCGCUAUCUGUCAGCUUUUAUUGUCAUCACGUUCUGCUUUACGGCGCCGAAGGACCUUUGGCCCCUCCAAGGUCCUCCAGGUCAUUUCCGAACUUCUCGGGCUUUCUGAAACCGAUUUAUUGAACUCGAGCCACCUGCGGAUUCUUACUGUAAUUCUUGCAGGAUUUUACUGUAAUUCCAGCCGAUGUAAAGCUCGCCGAAGCGGCCACCUCAGGAGGGACGAAGCUUUUCUCUCAGACCAGGCUGAUUUUGUUUGUUCACCGCUGGUUGUUCAUUAACACUCAGAGACACACCUGAGCGCGCAUUUCCUCUCCAGGUUCCUGUAAAAACGCAGAAAGCUCUCGGCGCGUGAUGUUUGCUGGAGGACCUUUCUGAUGGAGCGGCGACUGCGGCGUUGAGCUGAGCCGAGGAUGUUGGGUUGGUUCUGGUUCUGGUUCUGGUUGGGCUCCGCGCUCUGCGUCUCCGGGUUCGACGUGUUGAGCUGCAGGAACUCCUCGGUCACGUUAAACGUGGUUCUGCUGGAGGACGAAGAUUCGCCCUGGAGCCUGAAGUUUGUCAAAGACGUGGUGGAAAUGGCUGUCGAAGCGGAGAACGAAAAAAACCUGGACGAAGGUCUGGACUUCCAGAUCAAGGUUCUGUUCAGCGGCUUUAACACGACGCAUUACCGGCGCAGGGGCUGUGACAGCAGUACGUGUGAGGCCGUGGAGAUCCUCAAGUCUCUGCAUAACAGCAGCGAGCUCGGAUGCAUGAUGCUGGGUCCGUCCUGCACGUAUGCAACGUUUCAACUGGUUGAUCAGGGGGUGGGUUUGACUCUGACGAUCCCCAUCAUCUCAGCGGGCAGCUUCGGGCUUUCCUGCGACUACAAGGACAAACUCACCCGGCUGCUCCCCCCGGCGCGCAAAAUCUCAGAGUUCUUCGUCCACUUCUGGAGCGCAUCCUUCGCCAAUCUGAAACCCGCGUGGAAGACGGCGUACAUCUACAAAAAAAUCAACAACACGGAGGCGUGCUUCUGGUUCAUCAACGCUCUGGAAGCGCCGUCUGCUUUGUUCGCCUCCAACGUCUCCAGAGAGAUGCUGAGGAGCCAAGGAGACCUGGAUGAAAAGCUGAAAGAUCAGGACCGCCACAGCAACAUUUUUGUCCUGUGCGGGACACCAGACGACGUUCUCGCCAUCAAGAAAAACACCACCAUUCCUUCGCAUGUGGUCUUCGUCCUGAUCGACCUGUUCAAUGAUGGUUAUCACACCAACGAGUCCAGCUUCGAACACAUGCGGGACGUGCUGGUGGUCACCAUGCACAGCUUCAGAAACUACUCUAGACACACGUCCUGGAGGACGAACGCGACGGCGCUGAAUGAUUAUGUCGUGGCUUACCACGAUGCCGUGGUUCUCUUCGGCGACAUGAUGAGACAAAACCUGAAGUCGAUGAAGCAGCAGCCGUCCAGCGGCGGCAUUGACCAGCCCUUCAGAAACAUGAGCUUCGAGGGCAUGGGAGGACACUAUGAACUAGACGCCAGCGGAGACCGAGAUCUCAAUCUGUCUGUGGUUUACACAACCAGCUCAUACAAGUAUAAGACGCUGUUCGUCUUCAGCACGGCUCUGAACGUCACCCGGGUCAAUCACACGGAUCCUGACCUGCCGUGGGAUGGCUCGCAGCUGCCCAGCGAUAGGCUCAAACACGGGAUGGAGACUCAUAACAUAGUCAUGAUCGUUCUCGGGAUCAGUGUGGUCAUGGCCACUGCCAUCGCUUUCAUCUUAUACAGGCAGAACAGGAGGGUGCGUUUCAAUCAGAAGAAAUGGUCUCACAUCAACCCCACACUCAUCAUACUGCUGGAGGACAAAGAGAGGAACCAGAUCAGUCUGACUAUCGAUGAGGAGAACAAGGGCGACAACAGCGUCCUGAUACACAAGGGCCGAUAUGAUAAAAAGCCCGUCAUCCUGAAGGAGUUGAAGAACACAGAUGGAAACUUCUCUGAUGACCAACGCAUCGAGCUCAAUUCUUUGUUGCGCAUCGAUUAUUAUAAUCUGACGAAGUUUUACGGCACGGCGAAGUUCGACUGUGGUGUUUUCGGUGUGUUUGAGUUCUGCGAGAGAGGGUCGCUGCGGUACGUGCUGAACGAUAAGAUCUCGUAUCCUGACGUGAGUUUUAUGGAUCUGGAGUUUAAGAUCUCAGUCAUGUACGACAUUGCAAAGGGCAUGUCGUACCUGCACUCCAGUAACGUUGGCGUUCACGGCCGGCUGAAAUCCACCAACUGCGUGGUGGACAACCGCAUGGUGGUGAAGAUCACCGACUUCGGCUGCAACACCAUCCUCACACCCGGGAAAGACCUGUGGACGGCGCCGGAGCACAUGCGUGUUCAGGGGAUUUCUCAGAAGGGUGAUGUCUAUAGUUUCGCCAUCAUCUCGCAGGAGAUCAUCCUCAGGAAGAACCCUUUUCACACCUGCUGCUGCUCCGAUACGGCAGAGAAAUUGUAUCGCGUUCAGUAUCCGCGGGGGCCGAAUGUCUUCCGACCCGAUCUGAGUUUCGAGUCUGUUGGAGAGACUGAAGCAGAGCUAUUCGUGCUGAUCAAGAGCUGCUGGGAGGAAGAUCCGGAGAAGCGUCCAGACUUCAAGCGGAUCGAGGGCGCUCUGGGGAAGAUCUUCAGCAACCUUCACAACCAGGCCAAUGCCAGCUACAUGGACAACCUGAUCCGCCGACUGCAGAUGUACUCGAGGAACCUGGAGCACCUGGUUGAGGAGAGGACAGCUCUGUAUAAGGCUGAGAGAGACCGAGCCGACCAGCUCAACUUCAUGUUGCUCCCGGGGCCGGUGGUUCGCUCUCUGAAGGAGACGGGCCGUGUGGAGCCAGAGCUGUACGAUGAGGUCACCGUCUACUUCAGCGAUAUUGUGUGCUUCACGACCCUCUGCCAUCACAGCACUCCCAUGGAGGUGGUGGACAUGCUCAACGACAUCUACAAGAACUUCGACAGCAUUCUUGACCAUCAUGAUGUCUAUAAGGUGGAGACCAUUGGCGACGCGUACAUGGUCGCGUCCGGUCUGCCAAGACGCAAUGGGAACAGACAUGCUGUAGACAUUUGUCUUAUGGCUUUAGACAUCCUGGAGUUCAUGGGGACGUACCAGCUUAGACACCUGCCGGGAAUCCCACUGUGGAUUCGUAUCGGGAUCCAUUCAGGUCCAUGUGCUGCUGGUGUGGUGGGUAAUAAGAUGCCACGUUACUGUCUGUUUGGAGAUACGGUCAACACGGCGUCACGUAUGGAGUCUACAGGCCUACCUCUGAGGAUUCAUGUGAGCGAGUCGACCAUUAAGAUCCUGCAGAGAACCGACUGUCAGUUUGAGUGUGAACACCGAGGAGAAACGUACCUGAAGGGUAAAGGGAAGGAGAUGACUUACUGGUUGACUGGAGUCACCGGGCAGAAAUACAACCUGCCAACACCACCAACAGCAGAGAAUUUCCAGCGACUGCAGCAGGAUCUGGCUGAGAGGAUCGUCUCUACGCUGGACCAACGGGGCAACGAACGGCGCAAAACUCUGUCCACGCGCCAGCGGAGAACACAGAGACACAGCAGCGAGGGGCAGCCCGAAUACCUGCACCUGACCGACCCCACCACAUACCUGUAGAAAACACACUCUCUCUCUCACACACACAUCUGUAUGUAUUUAACUCUAUUCCUAAAAACUCUUUUGAUUUGGUUGCUCAGUCUAUCAUUUAUUCAUUCUGAAUGCGUGCUUAUUGUAAUAUGAAUGAUGUAUAUAAUGUGCAAUAUGA